GAAGGAGAGAGCGAGCGGGGCAUUUCUGCGCAGCUUCUGAGCGCCUCGGAGCCCGCCCGGGCGGCCACUGGAAACGAGACCGACAGAGACAGACAGACAGACGGCUCCCGGAAGCCGAGCCGCCGCCGCCGCCAGGUUAGCGAGGCGCGGAGACCGCGCAGACUGUUGCUACGUCCCGAGCCUCGCGUGUUGGAAGACGUGCGUGGCCGGAGCUGCGAGCUUCGAUUCGUGUCUUUGCGGGUGCCUAGCUGAGGACGUCCUCCCCACGGAGCCAGUGUGCCGAGGAGGGGCGUGCUGGUCACCAUGACAACAGAGACAGGCCCCGAUUCUGAGGUGAAGAAGGCUCAGGAGGAGACUCCACAGCAGCCUGAGGCUGCCGCAGCUGUGACCACCCCAGUGACCCCUGCAGGCCACAGCCACCCAGAGACCAAUUCCAAUGAGAAGCAUCUGCCGCAGCAGGACACAAGGCCUGCUGAACAGAACCUAGAAAUGGAAGAAAAGGACUACUGUGAGGCCGAUGGCCUGUCGGAGAGGACCACGCCCAGCAAGGCCCAGAAGUCGCCCCAGAAGAUCGCCAAGAAGUUCAAGAGUGCCAUCUGCCGAGUCACCCUGCUUGACGCCUCCGAGUACGAGUGUGAGGUGGAGAAGCACGGCCGGGGCCAGGUACUGUUUGACCUGGUCUGUGAGCACCUCAACCUCCUGGAGAAAGAUUACUUCGGUCUGACCUUCUGCGAUGCUGAUAGCCAGAAGAAUUGGCUGGACCCCUCCAAGGAAAUCAAGAAGCAGAUCCGGAGCAGCCCCUGGAAUUUUGCCUUCACAGUCAAGUUCUACCCUCCUGACCCGGCCCAGCUGACAGAAGACAUCACAAGGUACUACCUGUGCCUGCAGCUGAGGGCAGAUAUCAUCACAGGCCGCCUGCCCUGCUCCUUUGUCACGCAUGCCCUGCUGGGUUCCUAUGCCGUGCAGGCUGAGCUGGGUGACUAUGAUGCGGAGGAACAUGUGGGCAACUAUGUCAGCGAGCUCCGCUUCGCCCCAAACCAGACCCGGGAGCUGGAGGAGAGGAUCAUGGAGCUGCACAAGACAUACAGGGGCAUGACCCCCGGAGAGGCAGAGAUCCACUUCCUGGAGAACGCCAAGAAACUUUCCAUGUACGGAGUUGAUCUGCACCAUGCUAAGGACUCUGAGGGCAUUGACAUCAUGCUAGGCGUCUGUGCCAACGGCCUGCUCAUCUACCGGGACCGCCUGAGAAUCAACCGGUUUGCGUGGCCCAAGAUUCUCAAGAUCUCCUACAAGAGAAGUAAUUUCUACAUCAAGAUCCGGCCUGGGGAGUAUGAGCAGUUUGAGAGCACCAUCGGCUUCAAGCUCCCUAACCACCGCUCAGCCAAGCGCCUGUGGAAGGUCUGCAUCGAGCACCACACAUUCUUCCGGCUGGUGUCCCCAGAGCCCCCACCCAAGGGCUUCCUGGUGAUGGGCUCUAAGUUCCGGUACAGUGGGAGGACCCAGGCACAGACACGCCAAGCCAGUGCCCUCAUUGACCGGCCCGCACCUUUCUUCGAGCGUUCCUCCAGCAAGCGAUACACCAUGUCCCGCAGCCUUGAUGGAGCGGAGUUCUCCCGCCCUGCCUCCGUCAGUGAGAAUCAUGAUGCAGGCCCUGACGGCGACAGGCGCGUAGAUGAUGCUGAGUCAGGGGGACGUCCAUCAGAGGCCGAAGAAGGAGAGGUUAGGACGCCCACCAAGAUCAAGGAGUUGAAGCCGGAGCAGGAAACCACGCCAAGACACAAGCAGGAGUUCCUGGACAAGCCGGAGGACGUCCUGUUGAAGCACCAGGCCAGCAUCAAUGAGCUCAAGAGAACCCUGAAGGAGCCCAACAGCAAACUCAUCCACCGGGACAGAGACUGGGAGCGGGAGCGCAGGCUGCCCUCGUCGCCCGCCUCCCCCUCGCCGAAGGGAACCCCUGAGAAAGCCGGUGAGGCCCAGAGGACCCAGGACCCUUCUCAGCAGGACUUGGUACCCGGAACAGCAGCAGGCUUGGAAGUGUUCACUCAGAAAAGCCUCGCAGCAUCUCCUGAGGGCUCAGAGCAUUGGGUAUUUGUAGAAAGAGUGUACACUAGGCCAGAAGAACUUGCCCUCCUAACAGUGGCCCCCGCACCACGGGAAGAAAGUGAGGCACGCCUCGCUGAGAUCCUUGCUGAUGGCAGACUCUCCAAGGUAGACAUUCUGGUGGACAAGUUCAAAGUUGAAGUGGCCACAGAAGACUCAGUGGGAGCCAGAAGAGCGAGCACUCAACAGCGAGGGGAAGUGAUUGCAAGUCCAGAAGACUCAGAGACGAGAGAGGAAGGCCCAUGCGUCGAGGGGCGUCCCGGAGAGGCUACUCAAGCCGCAGGAUUCCCAUCAGCAGACAAGCUUCUCGAGGGCUCCAAGCUCAAGACUAGGAACCACCGCAUCCCAGAUGGCCAACUAGAGAGCCAAGUAGAGCUGAGCAAGGGGCUGGAGGGGCUCCAGACGUGGGGAAGCCCUGUAGCCGCGGAGCUUGGGCCAGUGUGGGGAGAGGGUCUUUCUCCUGCAUCAGACAAAGGAGGACUCCAGUCCUUCCUGUUGGAUCCAGCCCAAACAGAAGCCAGAGCUGACUCAAGCGAUGAGACGGACACCUCCUUCGCAGAGAGAAGCUUCUAUCUAAACUAUGGAGAGAGAGGCCCUGAAGACCAAGUCUUGCCCCCAGCCACAGAGGACAGAGAAGAGCACCCGGAUGCCCCUCCUGGAGACGGGAGCUGGCUGGAGCUGGCAGGAGAGCGUUCAGGGCACUGGGAGUGGAAGUCCUCAGCCCCAAAGGGUCCUGCCCCAAGUUCCAGCCAGAAUAAAGAUGAAGCCCAUAUGGCUUCCUCAGAGAAAGAAGUCUGGCCCCCCAGGGACCAUGGGAGACCUGGUGACCUGCAGGGAGCUGCUGUGGGGCAGACUUUUGCAGAGGGCUGGGAAGAAGCACAACAAAGGCUGGAAGGAGAGCUGACCUACCCAAUGGCCAGGGUAGCUGAAGACGAGGAGGCCCCAACGAGUAUAGAUUGUAUGGGCAAGACUGAGAAAAGUCCUCCAGCGAGAUGGAAGACGCACCCGCCUGGUGGAGGAGGAGUGGUGCACCUUGAUGCCCAGGCCUGUGCCCUUCUGAGGAGCAUCCCUCCUCGUGUUAGGAAGCCAGCUAGGCCAGACCAAGGCAGUUUCCUGCCCAAAGAUAAAGGAGCCUUAGAGCCUGAGACAGACAGAGAGGCAGUCACCCAACUGCCAGCCUCCUCUGGUCACACUGUGGAGGACACUUCUCUAAGCCCAGUCCCUCCUGGGUCAGGGGAGCCUUCGGAGUUCAGGGAUCCCUUUGGGGAUCAAUUCCCUGUGGUUCUGAGAUACAUCCAUCUUCCUGAAGAGACCCCGGAGCCCAAGGACACGCGAGGCCAACGCAAGCCACCUCCAGUUGCCAGCAAGAAGCCCAGAGUUGUCCCUGAAGGAACUGAGGGGCCUGCACUCCUGGGGUCGGUGUUUCCUCCAGGAAAGCCAAAGGAGACUUCACACCAGGAUAGGGACCAAGGGGGUCCCCAGGAAGAUAUUAGCAAGACCUCAGUGGCUAACAAAAUUCGGAUAUUUGAGACCCAUGGAGCUGAGCCUUGCCGAACCAGUCAGGGUGAACUGAGGGCCUUUCCACACGAGCCACCUCCGCCUCCAGAAGCUUCCCCAGGACAGAUAGAACAACAGCAGCGGAAUAAACUUCUAGACAUGGGUUUUGUCCAACUCCAGCCACCUGGGGACUUGGCCAGCCCUAAAAGUCCCCAUUCAUCCGUCAUGCCUCUGGCUGCCCAGCACUACGGGGAGGACACCUCUGCUCCCUCCCACCAGGAGAGAUGCACAGAACCAGAGCUCCUGUCCCCCGAUUCAGGCUGUGAAACCACGCUGGAGGAAGCUACUGGGAACAAAUCCGGAGAUGCGGCCAGGGAAGAGAAGAGCUUCUUCAGCCGCUUAGCGCUGCAUACCCCUGGGAAGGGGGGGCAUCUGAGAUUCGCCAGCCCUCUGGGCUCUCAGAGAGCAGGGCUGAGGGAGGGCUCGGAGGAGAAAGUCAAGCCACCACGUCCGCGUGCCCCAGAGAGUGACACGGGAGACGAGGACCAGGACCAGGAGAGAGACGCAGUGUUCUUGAAGGACAACCACCUGGCCAUUGAACGCAAAUGCUCCAGCAUAACAGUCAGCUCCACGUCCAGCCUGGAGGCUGAGGUGGACUUCACAGUUAUUGGCGACUACCAUGGGGGCGCCUUUGAAGACUUCUCCCGAAGCCUCCCCGAGCUGGAUCGUGAUAAAAGUGACUCUGAGACAGAGGGCCUGGUGUUCUCCCGGGACCUCAAGGGGCCCUCCAGCCAAGAGGAUGAGUCGGGGGGCAUCGAGGACAGCCCCGAUCGAGGGGCCUGCUCCACUCCAGAAAUGCCCCAGUUUGAGUCCGUGAAAGCAGAAACCAUGACCGUCAGCAGUCUGGCGAUCAGAAAGAAGAUCGAGCCAGAGGCCAUGCUGCAGAGCAGAGUCUGCGCCGCAGACAGCACCCAGGUUGAUGGGGGUACCCCAGUGGGAAAAGACUUCAUGAUGACUCCCCCCUGCAUCACCACAGAGACCAUCUCCACCACCAUGGAGAACAAUCUCAAGUCCGGGAAGGGGGCAGCUGCCAUGAUCCCAGGCCCACAGACGGUGGCCACGGAAAUCCGUUCUCUUUCACCGAUCAUCGGGAAAGAUGCUCUCACCAGCACGUACGGCGCCACCGCGGAAACCCUCUCAACCUCUACCACCACCCAUGUCACCAAAACUGUGAAGGGAGGGUUUUCCGAGACAAGGAUCGAGAAGCGAAUUAUCAUUACUGGGGACGAAGAUGUCGAUCAAGACCAGGCCCUGGCUUUGGCCAUCAAGGAAGCCAAACUACAGCAUCCAGACAUGCUGGUAACCAAAGCUGUUGUCUACAGAGAAACAGACCCAUCCCCAGAGGAGAGGGACAGGAAGCCACAGGAAUCCUGACCUCCGUGAAGAGAUGCUGGCGUGUCUGGUCUAACCCGAGCCAGAGAACCAUUAAGAAGGGGCCUUCGUUCAGGAUUCUCCGACAACACCAACAUCCCAGCUGCGACACACUGUCACUGAUGAGAGACUGGGAAGGGAAAGCAUAUAUAUAUAGAUAUAUAUAGAUAUAUAUAUACAGGAAACACCGCGUCCUUGCACUGCUGCCGGGGCUGGCGGAGCAGUCAGCUGAUGGCCACAACCAAGAUGUACAGCAACCUUCACUUCCUUUGCAGACGAAUUGAACUGGUGGGAAUUUUUUUUUUUC